AUGACAACACAAAGAGCUAUCAUUGUCCAGGAAGCGGGCCGCGCGAUCCUCGUACAGGAUGCGCCGGUCCCGGAGCUGCCGGACAAUUACAUCCUUGUCAAAACAAAAGCUGUUGCGUUGAAUCCCACGGAUUGGCGUCACAUCGACUUUGUCUCCUGCAAUGGCGCCACCGUGGGCUGCGACUACUCGGGAAUCGUUGAAGCCGUUGGCGCUGGGGUCAAAAAGAGCUUCAAGAAAGGCGAUCGCGUUGCGGGAUUCGUGCACGGCAGUAAUGCAGUACGCCUUAACGGCGGUGCAUUUGCGGAGUAUGUAAUUGCAAAGGGCGACCUUCAAAUUCGCAUACCUGACUCUAUGAGCUUUGAAGCCGCUGCCACCCUCGGCGUUGGCCUGACCACCGUUGGUCAAAAUCUGUACCAAAACAUGGAGCUCCCGCUUCCAGGUGAGGGGGAGAGCGAUGGAAGCGAGAUGAGCAUCCUGAUCUAUGGAGGCGCAACCGCUACUGGCACUCUGGCAAUUCAGUUGGCAAAGCUUUCGGGGCUUCGAGUCGUGACAACGUGCUCCGAAAGCAACCGUAACCUUAUGUUUCAGCUCGGAGCAGAUGCUGUUUUUGAUUAUCACGAUGCAAAUGUGGGCGAGCAGAUCAGGGAGGAUACUGAUGAUGCGCUGGAAUUUGUUCUAGACACCAUCUCCACCCCUCAAUCAGCCGCCAUAUGCAGUGCCGCUAUCUCAUCUGCCGGUGGAGCUUAUAAUGCCUUGUUGGAUGUUCAGUCUGCCAGAGACGAUGUCGAUUCACAUGUUUCCAUGGCGUAUGACGUGUUUGGGGAACCUUACCGGAUGAGCGCGCAAGAAAUCACGCCUGAUGAUAGCAAUCCUGAUUUCGGCAUUAAGUGGUGGGGUUUGGUACAAAAACUACUCGAAGAACGGCGAAUUCUUCCUCAUCCCCACCAAGUGAAGCCAGGUGGCCUGGCUGGAGUCUUAACGGGGCUUCAGCUACUACGGGAAGGCAAAGUACGAGCCAGUAAGCUGGUAUACCUGAUCGAUGAAGUUUAA